CGGAAGAGUCAUACCCAACCACAACUGAUUCCUUACAGUUUCUGGACAUGCCGAAAUGGCCGAACAAACUUUUGAACCCAAAGCCUCUGUUGGAGGCCACACCCUCGCGAGAGCUAAUCUCGACGAUGUCCCGGCGAUCCAGUCCAUGACCAGGGCGGCUUAUUCCAAGUACAUCGACCGCAUCGGCAAGGAGCCGGCGCCCAUGAAGGCCGACUACAACGAGCUCAUCAGAACGCAGCUGGUUUACGUGCUCCGAAACGACGAGACAAACGAGGCAGUCGGCGCCAUUCUCCUGCGACACGACCCCGCGACGAAAGCGCUCCACGUAAACAAUCUAGUCGUCGCCCCGGAUGCCCAGGGGCGCGGAUACGGACGGGUUCUCAUGAGAUGUGCCGAGGACGUGGCCAGAGCCUGCCGGUGCACGAACCUCCAGCUUUACACCAACGUCAAAAUGUUUGAGAAUCUCGCCUUGUAUCCUAAACUGGGCUUCGUCGAGACGGAAAGGAAGACGGAGGAUGGGUACGAGAGGGUCUUCUUCCGCAGGGACUUGGAGGGGGAAGCUCUGAGGUAGCGAUUGGCUGUUCCCGACCAUACCUUUUUCUCGGCAUCUAACCUAUUCUUUACCUUCAACUUUGAUAUUAAAUGUGGAUGACGACGACCAAGUCUCUGUACUCCGGAUUCAAGCAAAGAAGAACUGCAAUGAACCCCGGCGAGACAAUACGACCGCCUUAAAGUUGGCAGCCUGAGGCUUCAUAAUGGUAUAACGUACUGAG